AUGCACCCACCGCAGCAGGGGUAUCCUUGUGGAGGCAGUUUUGGAUGCUGCCUUCUGGCUGUUCAGGCGGCCGACAAACCCCACCAAGCCUCGUAUGGGUGCCUGAUGUUUGGAGGACGCUGGCAGUGGCGCGUCCAGCUCAAGUCUUCACAUGGCUACCAGUGGCAGCCGCACCAGGGGGCAGAACACCACCACUGCCUGAGCCAGCUUUGCUGUGGGGCUUCCAAAAAGACGUGGCUCAAUGGGCAUUCUACGGAGAAGAUAGGGCUCACCAAGCGUCCUGGUACGACAGGGUACUCUGGUGGUUCGGAUGACCAAGAGCACCACCAGCCCACCCAGCAGUGCAGUUCGUUGCAACAGCCACGGCCGGAUCCCACUGCUCUGGGUGUGUGGCUAGUGCUGUACUGCAUGCAUGUGGAGCGCUCUGGGGAGAAUUGUACAGUGCACACCAACGAGGCUGGCGACGACAUCAUCAUGAUGUGCAAUGACUGCAUUCAUGCCUUGGAAUGCGGACGCAUCCCGGAGGCUGCUCUCACACGCUAUGAUGGUGGAGACGUGCCGGAAAUCAAUCAGGAUGGGCAGCAUCUGGAGUGGCCUACCGUGCUGGAAGCCAACAUACUGGGGCUGGGCCAUGUGCAGCAGCAGAUCUACACGCUUAAGGUUAAGAACCGGCCGCCUGACUUGCAGCCCAUCACCGUCACAAUGCACAAGAUAGCCAUGGCGAACCCAUCACUCGAUCAGUGGGUGGACACCAUCCCAUGCUCUGCUGUGUCGUUGCCGGAGAACAUCACCGUCCUCUGCAUGGAUGUCGUCAGCAGCAAGGAGGAGCUGCUAGAAAAGCUCAAGAGCACCAAGGAUGCUGGUCUCGAGGAGCUCGGAGUUCUGGUGCCUGUUGUCCCUGACACAACUGUGCCGGGAUUAGGUGAUGAUGCACGAAACCCGGUGGAGCUACACCGUGAGCUGACAGCGGAACACCGGCUGGUCUUUGCGUCUGGGGGCCGUGGUUCUAAGAUCCUGGACUACUCCCGGGAAGAUGUGCUUGCCAGCAACUUCCCCACCGCAUUUCUGUACACAAAGGGCGGCCUCCGUCCCCUGGGUAUGAGCAACCGGACCUUCUUCCAGCAUGUGUCUACGCGUGUGCCACAGCAGCAGCUCAGCGGCAACCUCCUCAUGCUCGCCCGCAUGGUGGAUGUGCUCAACAUGGAGGACGCAAAAGUGCAGACAUGGGUUACAGUGAAGUGCUGCCAGCAGGACAUCGACACGGUGGGCGCCAUCCCGCGAGAGGCUGUCAAAGCGAUGGCGGACAUCCUGGCAUUGCCGAAGAUGCACCCGGAUCGCCGCCACCUGCUCCAAGACAUGUCACCUCUCGUGCACACCCUCGUCACCUCUCUUCGGCGAACAGUCGCACGCAUCGACAUGACAGAUGCAUAUUACCACAACAUGCACGCCAAUCUACGUGUGCGGCUGCAGUCGUGGCCGCUGGGCAGUUUCUGGAAUUUGCUCGCCUUUAUGGACAUCCUUUUUGGUUUCAAACCUGGCGACAAGCGGCAGAGCAACCCCGACUGCUUCUGUGGCACCGUGUUCCACAUCUGCAUCUGUUACAUGGCGGCCCGCGCACCUUACGCACCACACACCCAUACCUGGCCUGGGAGUCGAAGCUACGGUCCACUUCGCGGCGCGCCGCGGUUCAUCCUUAGGGCAAAGGCUCUACUCGGUUUGGUUGGAGCUGCUUGUCGGGCAUCCACGAUCCACGAGUUCUGGCGAGAGUUGAAGGCAUGCUCCCCAUGGCCAGUAGACCACCAGCUUCGGGCCUCCCACCCACAGCAGCUGCAUCUGGUUAUAGUCCAGCGAUAUUUUUUUGCGGAAUAUAUUCCGAAUUUGGAAUAA